CUUUCCAGGGGCAAUAUCAUCAGCCCGGUUGCUUAACUGGUGAUCUGUGACGUUUGAAAUUCGUAUUCAAGGUUGCUUGCACUUUCUUCUAACAUAGUUUCAAUGGCACCUCUUCCCGUCCCGAGAUACUCAAGUGGGUCCGGGGCCCACCGUUUCAGGAGGGGUGAAUACAAUUCUCAACGGGGUGAGGGCUCAGGUAUCAAAAAAAAUAUCUUAACAGACCGAAAGUCCCGAUCCACCCUUCAUUUCCCCGCGAGGGCAAAUCUGGGAGUCAAAGACCAGAAGAGGCGGGUCGGGCAGCGGACCUCAGGCUCCGGCACCCUUGGCGCCCCGCACCUGCACGAAGGACUGACUCCCCACGACAACCACCCACUGCUCGGAGGCCGAACUUACGCCCACGCAGCCCGUCCAUUAACUGGUCGGACACCACCAGAGGCGACGAGGACGCAGCCACCCAAGGGCUCCCUCAGAAACGAUCUUAUGCAGGAGAGCGGAGAAGGCGGAGCUUCGGCCGCACCCCUUCGACUUUCCCCGCCUUUGUUUCUUCCAGAGUCGCAUUGGCUGCUUGCCGCGAGACGGGAGAACCGCGAGCCUAGGCUGAGACAUAAUUGGACAACAUUGCUGCCGCUCGACCGGCGACCCGCUCGCGAUUGGCCGUCGAACCCCUGGUUUGAAUCGCAGUCCCGGCCGGGGAGGAUUUGCCAAAGUGCCACGUUGGGCCGGGCUGCGGCUUGAGGAGCCGCUCGGGGCGCUGGCCCUGGCGUUCGCGCCGGGGUGAGGGCCGUUGGGGCUGUUGGGCGGCGCGAGGCGAGUCGGGAAGCCGGUCCGCGGCGUGCACUGCGGGCUGCCCCGGGGCGGCGGCAUCAGAGCGCGUCGCGUCCCGCCCGACGGCGGCUCUGGCUGAGGGCGGAGGAGCCGGCGGAGAGCCCGGGGCAGCGGCUGAGGCGGGGCGGCGGCGGGGGCCACUGCCCCCGGAAGAGCCGGCCGAGAUGCUGGCGGAAAACCUGGUGGAGGAAUUUGAGAUGAAGGAGGAUGAGCCGUGGUAUGACCACCAGGACCUGCAGCAAGAUCUCCAGCUUGCUGCUGAACUUGGGAAAACAUUGCUGGAUCGGAACACAGAGUUGGAGGAUUCGCUUCAGCAUAUGUACACAACCAAUCAGGAGCAGUUACAGGAAAUUGAGAGGUUCUCACUGAGUUCUUCCACUCUUCUCUCAAGUCUGUAUCUAACCAAGCAGGUGGAGCUUCUACGACAGAUGAAUGAACAGCAUGCCAAGGUUUAUGAGCAGUUAGAUGUCACAGCAAGGGAACUGGAAGAAACAAAUCAAAAGCUAGUUGCUGACAGCAAGGCCUCACAGCAAAAGAUUCUGAGUCUGACUGAAACAAUCGAGUGCCUGCAAACCAACAUUGAUCACCUUCAGAGCCAAGUGGAGGAGUUGAAGUUGCCCAGCCAAGGGAAGAGUCAAGGGAAAUGCACCCAGAAGUCAGCACCCAGCUUCUCGUGUCUGAAGGAACUCUAUGACCUCCGCCAACACUUUGUGUAUGAUCAUGUGUUUGCCGAGAAAAUCACUUCCUUGCAAAGUCAGCAAAGCCCUGGUGAAGAAGAAAACGAGCAUUUGAAGAAGACAGUGACAAUGUUACAGGCCCAGCUGAGCCUGGAGAGGCAGAAGCGAGUGACUGUGGAGGAGGAAUAUGGGCUUGUGCUGAAGGAGAACAGUGACCUGGAGCAGCAGCUGGGGGCUAUGGAUGCCUACCGAGCUCGGGCGCUGGAAUUGGAGGCUGAGGUGGCGGAGAUGCGGCAGGUGUUGCAGUCAGAACAUCCUUUCAUGAAUGGGGUUGAGAGGCUGGUGCCAGACUCUCUGUUUGUUCCUUUCAAAGAAUCUGGCCAGAGCCUGCUGGAGGAGAUGCUCCCGACUGGGCCGGAAGCACACAGGAAGCCUCUCAAGCGCAGCAGCAGCGAGUCAGUGCUAAGCAGCUUGACAGGCGGGGACAUCAUGAAGGGUCAUGAGGAGACCUGCAUCCGGAGGGCCAAGGCUGUGAAGCAGAGGGGCAUCUCCCUUCUGCAUGAAGUGGACACUCAGUACAGUGCCCUGAAGGUGAAGUAUGAAGAGCUGCUGAAGAAGUGCCAGCAGGAAGAGGACUCCCUGUCCCACAAGGCCGUGCAGACCUCCAGGACUCCAGCCAGGGACCCAGCUGGAAUGAAUGCCCAGCCUGAGCCCGGCACCAGCAGCUGGGAACUGGCCUCUGUUACCCCAGAGCCCAUUGGUUCCCCCCCUACCACAACACCUCCAGAAUAUAAAGCUCUUUUUAAGGAGAUCUUUAGUUGCAUCAAGAAAACUAAGCAGGAAAUAGAUGAACAGAGAACAAAAUACCGAUCUCUCUCUUCUCAUUCCUAAUUGAACCUCCAGCACUACUACUAAUUUGCAUACUUUCUGUCACAUCUCUGUCCCACUCAUAUGAGUGUUUGUGGACCCCAAAGCCUCAUGUUUCUCAUGACUAUUGCCUCGUUGCUUUGCUUAUUUAGCAAAUGCAUACAGCAAGGAAAGAAGGUUCCUACUGGUGUCAGGUCUGUAAUCCAGUUCUGAUUAAGCUUCUCAGGAAACCCCUUGACAAGCUGGCCUCUGGCUGGUGCACUGAUGAGGCUGCGACUCCUUGAAAAGCCCAGAACCAGUGGAGGAAAGAUUUGUGCUCCUGGAAAAGUAGGCCUGAAGUUACUAUAGUAUAUAGUAUAGUAUAGACUAGUUAGGGAUAAAGGGCAGAGCUGAAACAAAGCUGAGGCACUUUCUACUGCCUUCUUGCUUAACUUCUCGAAACUAUGUAGAAGUCAGAUGGCUGCCAAACUGAAAUGUCUUUUGCAAACACUGUUGGGAUACUGUGAAUUCAUUAAGAAGAAUGCAGGAGAAAGCAGGGGUCUAAUACAAAAUAAAUGGCAUUAACAAAUCCUCUAAGCCUUCGAGUUUUGUUACAUCUACUACCAGUGGAACUGUGGCAGACAGGUAAUCCUAACAUAUCUAAAUCCAAUGGAAUAUCAAACUGAAAGGGCAAGCUCUACACUGACCUAAGUUAGCUUGUUAGCAUAUUAAGGCCUCCACCCCCACAUUCAAAUGUUCCUCCUCAAAGCAGUAGUGGUUAGGGUAGGCAAAUACAUAAAUCUAUUCUUAAAUUUAAACUAAAGAGGCAAAAUCAAAUUCCUUACUACUCUUGUGUUGUCUGAGCUAACCUACCAGCCACAAGCUGCUCUUGCUUAUUUCCUGUCAUUCCUGUAAAUAUUUUUACUUGCUGCAGAAUUCCUGUCUGCUACCAUAUUCAGCAGUAUCGAUGUGCUGAUUGUGGAAGUGUACUCAUCCUCUUACCCGCACUUUUAAUUUAAAACUAUUUAAGAAAACUGAGGUUCCAGUUAUUGUAUAUAUUUUUCUAAAAACUGAAUAAAACUAUCAAUGAAAAUGAA